AUGAUUGAUAAGACAACGACGGUAGUGCGCAUAAGCGGGAGCCUUGGUGUAGAUUUUCUGUUCUUACUUUGCAUCACUCUUGAACUGAUAAGGGCCUACACAUUGGUCGAUGCAGUGAAUUCGGUAAAGGAGAAGAAUUCCUGCAACGCUAAUCCAGACAUCAUGAAUACUGAAGAUCGUGAGUCAUUCAACGAAGAAAUGUCAUUUAUGGUUGAGGAGAUGAAAAGAUCGUUUGAUACGUCUGUAUAUCGCUUGUCAGACAUGGAAAAGCAUGCCCUCGUGGACAUAGUUCAACAAAAUCCCACUAUCUGGGAUGAACAACUGCAAAGCUACAAGAAUCCGCAAGCAAGAGCGGCAGCCUGGAGACAUGUAGCAGAUGAGAUGCAGGUAGAAUUUGGUAAAAAUUUUGGAGCUGAACCUUUGCAAAAGGCUUUCAAUAACCUACGAGACGUUUAUGUCCGAAAACACCGUGAGUACUCUGACGUUCUGCGCCGCAAGAGCGGCGCAGAAUCUGGUAUUCCCGAAAAAACGGCGAGUUGGCCUUUUUAUAAGCAAAUGAGCUUUAUCGACGCCGGAGCCGAUCAAGGCGAACGUUUUUGUAAUGUCGAUUUUGAAGACAAUGAAAUCAUCGACGUUACUGAAGAGACGCAGAUUGUGGAAGUUACUGAAACGGUUGGAACCACGAUAAACAAUGCUAAUGCCAUAAACACGAUUACGAGUCCAUUUAGUCAAGCCAGUCCUCUACUGCAAACACUAGCAUUAGACCACUUAUAG